AUGUAUUGGCUGUGUGUAUCUAAUCGUUUAGCCAAAUUUUUAUCACAAUUAUGUUCCAUACAAUUGUUUUUGAACUCAACUUUAUGUUCCAGAUCUUUGACUGCUAAUGGUAUCAAGGAAAUCAAAACAGACACCUUCCGAAAUCUGUACCGUUUAACAAAUCUAUAUUUGAAUGAAAAUAAUAUCAGCACAAUUCAAGUAGGAACCUUCGAUGAUCUUCCCAGGUUAACCUUUCUAUCUUUGAGUUCUAAUGGUAUCAAGGAAAUCAAACCAGACACCUUCCGAAAUCAGUUCCGUUUAACAUAUCUGAAUUUGAGUUUUAAUGAUAUCAAAGAAAUGAAAGGAGAAAUAUUCCAAGAUCUUCCCAGUUUAAAAAGUCUAGAAUUGGGUGGUAAUGGUAUGAAGAUCCAAGCAGAAAUGUUCCAAAAUCUUUCCAUCUUAACACGUCUCGAUUUAAGUGGUAAUGAUAUGAAGGAAAUCAAACCAGAAAUAUUCAAAUAUCUUUCCAGCUUAACAGAUCUAUAUCUGAACGACAAUGACAUAAAGUAUAUUCAACGUGAUAUCUUUGGAAACCUUCCGAAUUUAGAAAAAUUAUAUUUGAAUAAAAAUAGUAUCGACAAAAUUCAAGUAGGGACCUUUGAUGAUCUGCCCAGAUUAAGAUAUCUGGAUUUGAGUGGUAAUGAUAUCAAGAGUAUCAAAGGAGAAACAUUCCAAAAUAUUUACAGUUUAACAACUCUAGAUUUGGGUGGUAAUGAUAUGAAGGAAAUCAACGCAGAACUCUUCCAAUAUCUUUCCAGCUUAAAAACUCUAUAUCUGCAUAACAAUAGCAUUACAUAUAUUCAACGUGGUAUCUUCGAAAGCCUUCCAAAUUUAGAAAGCUUAUAUUUGUAUGAAAAUAAUAUCGAGAAGAUCCAAGUAGGAACCUUCGAUAAUCUACCCAGUUUAAUAUAUCUAGAUUUGAGCAAGAACCGAAUAAAAACCUAUGAGGAUGGCGUUUUCUUAUUCCUGCCCAGUAUAACUUUUAUCGACCUCAGAAACAAUACAGAUAUGAUGUGUGGAUGUCAUCUGCCAGCCUUGGUGAAUUAUACGAACUCAAAGUUCGGCAGAGUUGUGGAUGUCCAGGGCGAGUGUCAGACAAAUUCAGCCAAUAACCAGAUCCAAGUAAUACCAAUAAUGGAAUACUCGCAAUGUCAAAAUUACUCGUUAUUUCAACGGAAUUUGCAGUGUCAAACAUGCUCAGGGAUUUUGUGCAAUGAAGGAGAAGUGACGAACUGUACAGGCGAUGAGCCUGUAUGUGAAAAUAAGAUAACGACGAAUGGCGUUACACUGAAGUUUGAAAAAUCCUGCAGCACAUACAGAAAUUGUCUUGUAGCUCUGAGAAGCAAUACAUUUAAAUGCAAUAAAUGGACCAGUGGCGUGUCUUGUGUCAGUUGUUGCACAGGAAACUUGUGUAAGAGGAACGAUUCCAUUGGCUGGACGAAUUCCUUUCUAUUUCAUCUGAUUUACAAUUCGACAUUUAAGAAUAUCAUAAAAGAUAUAAAAACUGCUGAAAACGUAUCUAGAGCUAUGGAGUAUGAAUUAUCAAACUUGACAGGAGUGUUUGAAGUUGAAUAUUGUGGAUUAGAGGGACAACAAGACGUAUUUAGUAUUAAUUGUUUAGUACCAAAUAAUGUUACUAAAGAUGAAGUUUUCAAACAAAUUUCUGAAACUUUUAACACAUCAGAGACAUUACGUAAUUUGGGAAUUCAGAAAGAUAAGAUGGAGUUGAUUGGUGAAAUGGUUUGUAAUGAAAACACGACAUCAACGAACAGUCAUACUUUCUACUGGCCAAUGACAAAAGUAGGAACUAAUGUGGCCAUCCCCUGUGGUGCAAAUACAUCAACAAGGCAUUGCACGGCGGUAGACCUAGAAAUGCAAAAGUGUUCCCCAUUUACUGGCAUUUGGCAAGAACCACAGAUGUCUCAGUGUUACAUUUCAGGGGGCACCACUGAAAAACCAAAUAACCCUACACGCUGGACGAGUUCCUUUCUAUUUCAUCUGAUUUACGAUUCGACAUUUAAGAACAUCAAGGAUGAUAUAAAAACUGCUGAAAACGUAUCUAGAGCUAUGGAACAUGAAUUAUUAAACUUGACAGGAGCAUUCGAAGUUGAAUAUUGUGGAUUAGAAAUAUUUAGUAUUAAUUGCUCAGUACCAGAUGAGAUUACUAAAGAACAAGUUUUGAAACAAAUGUUUAGAACUUUUAAUACUUCACAAACAUUACGUAACUUGGGAAUUCAACUACGUUAUACGAAAUUAAUUGAUGAAACUCUACCAGAAAUGUGGUACAUCCCGAAAUGCCCACAAAUCAGUAUGUGACAUUACGAAAGUGUUCACUAUUCUCUGGUGUCUGGCAAGAACCAGACAUGUAUCAAUGUUACAAUACAGAGAAGAUCACUGAACAACUAAAGAACCUCACAAGCGUAGACAUCGGUAAAG